AUGGAGAACAAUGUGGAAGAAAUUGAGGUGCUCAGAGCACAGGACCAUGUGGCCCCUCCCAUCUCUCCACCCCCAGGCUCUUUUAUCAGCCUAGGAGAACCACCCCAGACUCUCCGGUUCUGGAGUUUCCUGCAAGAAUGGGAAUUUCUUGAACAUGAAGUACACUACGAAGUGAAGAAUAAUCUUGUAAUAUCAAGAGCAAUUCCCCAGCGUCUUAAUCAGAGAGGCAUAAAGAAGAGUUGGAAAAAAUGUUCCCACAAGCUGAUAAGUUUGGAGGAUCUGUACUGGACUAUCCGUGAGGCCAAUGAGAGACCAAGAAGUGAACCACUGCCUUGUCCUUAUGGAGAGGCUGUACACAGGAUCCUGGGACAUAGACAGAAGGACACUGACCUCUCAGGUCCUCUCUGUGAAUAUGCUGCUGCUGACCUCCUGCCUCCUGAGAACCAACCCAAGGACUGCAGUAUCUCCAUUUUCCUUGAGGAGCCGCUCUGGGUCCCUCCAUCUGUGAUCUUCGUGGAGGAUCCUCAGGUACCUGGAUGGGAGUCCUGGAACAUGGAUCCUGCAUGGACAAUUCCAUACAUGCUUCCUGCCAUUUUCCCAGGGAAACUCCACCCAGCAACAGACCAGUACGCCUCUGUAACUGGGGCGUCAGUCAUGAACCUUGCAAUGAGUGAGGAAAAGAUACCAUUUUUUCUCCCCUACACUGCUCAAUAUGAGCAAGGUGGGGCCUAUGCCUUUCCCCUUCGAAUCUUGGCAGGUUCUGUGACUGUUCUGAACAACAGAAUCUUGCAGAAGCAAAAUGGCAGUGAAACUCAGACCUUAGAAGAGGUCUGGGAAACUCAGACCUUAGAAGGGCAGCCUCCACUCUCCAUCUCUGGGAAUGCCUACCCUCCCUUGGAGUUCUGA